AUGGAUUCGUCUAACAGCAGCAAUGUGAUGCUCGGAAGACCUGGUCUAGAUCUCAAGACUGCGGCCACGGUUUUCGGUUUGCUUGCUCUUGUCUACUAUGGCAUCGAGAUCUCGAAGGCGGUAUGGAUCGGCCUCACAGGACCGCUUAGCAAGGUUCCUGGGCCGUGGUUGAACAGAUUCACCGCCGUCCCUUGGAAAUUGACGGUCAUCACCGGCAAAUCAGGACAAAUGUGCAUCGACUAUCCAAAGAAGUAUGGCGAAAUUGUCAGAAUCGCGCCCAACGUUGUGAUGAUUUCCAACAAGGAGGCAGUCCACCAAAUUGUCGUCGAAAAAGACCUCCGCAAGAGCGCUGCGUACGAGAAGUUCCGCCAGGACAAAGACAUCGCGACGAUAUUCACGAUACGAGACCGCGCAGAGUACCGCACCCGGCGACGCCUGCUGUCCCACGGCUUUUCGGUCAGCUACAUCAAAGGUCUCGAGCCGAUGAUGUUGAGCUGCAUCAGGGAUCUGGAGGAGGUGAUUGAUGAACGUUGCGGCGCUGCCGCCGGCGGGAAGGCAGAAAUCGACAUCUGGCAUCUCUUUGGAUGCUUGACCUCUGAUGUCAUGAGCGAGACUUCUUUUGGAGGCUCGUUCAAACUGGUGAAGAACGGGGAGCAUCCCAUUCGUUUGAGGAUGUCGCAGAACUUCAGACGCAACGCUGUCUCGCAAGACCCCGAGCUUAAGAGGCUCGUCGACGAGGUCAUUGCACGAAGGAGAACUUCGCAAGACAAGAUCGCGAAGCCUGAUAUCCUGCAGUUGCUCCUCGACACUCACGACCAGAACCCAGAAGACUUCUCAGACAAGGUAGUCAUGGCAGAGAUGUUUCUCUUCAUGCUGGCUGGUGGCGAGACAGCGGCUACCACGCUGAUCUUCGCGUUCAUAUUCCUCUUGGACGAUCCAGUCCGUUACAAAAGGCUUGUGGACGAGAUCCGCCAAGUCUUCCCUGACGCAAGCUCGCCAGUGACUAAUGAAAUGACGGCGAAUCUGCCGUUCCUCAAUGCAGUUCUGAAGGAGACUUUGAGGCUCAGAGCACCAGCAGCUUCUGGUAAGGUUCUCGUAUGGUGA